AUGGCGGGCGUGGAUACGGCUCUGUUGGUCAACGACGUGUGUGGUCAGCCAUUACCAUGGGAACACUGCUGCCCCUGGGGCUUCUUCGACGGGAAACUCUUCCAGACCAAACUGGCCCGCGCCGCCCGAGACCGCCAGGCCCUGCUCGACAUGUGUGAAGGACAGGUUGGUCGGGGGGUGGGGUGUAGAGGCGUACCAGUAGCCGGAUGGUUGCUGGUUCAAUCCCCGGGCCAGCAGGCGAUACAAAAAUGGGAAUGCUUUCUGUGACCCAUGUAAAAGGCUUACUCGACUUCUGGUAUUUAUAAGUAUAAUAUUGUCUCUGUCCAACAGGAGGAGCUGGUGUCUCGUGUGGAGAAGAUGCGUCAGGCCAUCCUAGAAGGAAUCAACUUCUCUCGUCCUCCUCCCCCUCCUCCCCCUCUCCCCCCUCCUUCCUUCUUGCCUCCUCCCCCCUUCUACCCUCUGCCUCCCCUCUACCCCCCCCGGCCCAUGGGCAACAUGCCCCCCCACCACCACCCUCAUCAUCCUCACCCUCAUCACCACACACACCCAGCCCAGCACAGACCCAGAGCCUUCCCAGGUGAGCAUCGCACACACACACGUUCACAAGCGCACACACACGUAUCCAAUAGAUCAAUGCACAGAUCAAGACACUGUGACAUUGGUUUUAGACAAUACACUGAGACAUUGGUGUUAGAUCCAAGACACUGAGACAUUGGUUAGAUCCAAUACACUGAGACAUUGGUGUUAGACAAUACACUGAGACAUUGGUGUUAGAUCCAAUACACUGAGACAUUGGUGUUAGAUCCAAGACACUGAGACAUUGGUGUUAGACAAUACACUGAGACAUUGGUGUUAGACAAUACACUGAGACAUUGGUGUUAGAUCCAAGACACUGAGACAUUGGUGUUAGACAAUACACUGAGACAUUGGUGUUAGACAAUACACUGAGACAUUGGUGUUAGAUCCAAGACACUGAGACAUUGGUUUUAGACCAAUACACUGAGACAUUGGUGUUAGACAAUACACUGAGACAUUGGUGUUAGAUCCAAGACACUGAGACAUUGGUUUUAGACAAUACACUGAGACAUUGGUGUUAGAUCCAAUACACUGAGACAUUGGUGUUAGAUCCAAGACACUGAGACAUUGGUUUAGAUCAAACACUGAGACAUUGGUGUUAGACAAUACACUGAGACAUUGGUGUUAGACCAAUACACUGAGACAUUGGUGUUAGACAUCAUGGACUUUAGAUCAUACACUGAGAUGUUUGAUAUUGGAUUUUUGGAUCCCAUUAGUUCCUGCACAACCUGGUUAUUAGGAUCCCCAUUAGUUCCUGCCAAGGCAGCAGCUACUCUUCCUGGGGUUUAUUAUGGAUCCCCAUUAGUUCCUGCCAAGGCAGCAGCUACUCUUCCUGGGGUUUAUUAUGGAUCCCCAUUAGUUCCUGCCAAGGCAGCAGCUACUCUUCCUGGGGUUUAUUAUGGAUCCCCAUUAGUUCCUGCCAAGGCAGCAGCUACUCUUCCUGGGGUUUAUUAUGGAUCCCCAUUAGUUCCUGCCAAGGCAGCAGCUACUCUUCCUGGGGUUUAUUAUGGAUCCCCAUUAGUUCCUGCCAAGGCAGCAGCUACUCUUCCUGGGGUUUAUUAUGGAUCCCCAUUAGUUCCUGCCAAGGCAGCAGCUACUCUUCCUGGGGUUAUUAUGGAUCCCCAUUUAGUUCCUGCCAAGGCAGCAGCUACUCUUCCUGGGGUUUGUUAUGGAUCCCCAUUAGUUCCUGCCAAGGCAGCAGCUACUCUUCCUGGGGUUUAUUAUGGAUCCCCAUUAGUUCCUGCCAAGGCAGCAGCUACUCUUCAUGUGAGUAGUACAGUGAGGGAAAUAAGUAUUUGACUCCCUCUCAAUCAGAAAGAGUUCUGGCUCCCAGGUGUCUUUUAUACAGGUAACGAGCUGAGAUUAGGAGCACACUCUUAAAGGGAGUGCUCCUAAUCUCAGUUUGUAACCUGUAUAAAAGACACCUGUCCACAAAAGCAAUCAAUCAAUCAGAUCUGCACUCACUAACUGUAAGUCGCUCUGGAUAAGAGCCUCUGCUAAAUGACUAAAAUGUAAAUGCAUGGGUGACCGAGCUGUGUGCCAGUAGCUCAAACAGGCAGCUCGGUUCAUUCAACAUGUCAAUACCUCUCACAAAUACAAGUAGUGAUGAAGUCAAUCUCUCCUCCACUUUGAGCCAGGAGAGAUUGACAUGCAUAUUAUUAAUGUUAGCUCUCUGUGUACAUCCAAGGGCCAGCUGUGCUGCCCUGUUCUGAGCCAAUUGCAAUUUUCCUAAGUCCCUCUUUGUGGCACCUGACCACACGACUGAACAGUAGUCCAGGUGUGACAAAACUAGGGCCUGUAGGACCUUCAUUGUUGAUAGUGUAGUUAAGAAGGCAGAGCAGCGCUUUAUUAUGGACAUACUUCUCCCCAUCCUAGCUACUGUUGCAUCAAUAUGUUUGGACCAUGACAGUUUACAAUCCAGGGUUACUCCAAGCAGUUUAGUCACCUCAACUUGCUCAAUUUCCACAUUAUUUAUUACAUGAUUUAGUUGAGGUUUAGGGUUUAGUGAAUGAAAUGUCCCAAAUACAAUGCUUUUAGUUUUAGAAAUAUUUAGGACUAACUUAUUCCUUGCCACCCAUUCUGAAACUAACUGCAGCUCUUUUUAAAGUGUUGCAGUCAUUUCAGUCGCUAUAGUAGCUGACGUGUAUAGUGUUGAGUCAUCCACAUACAUAGACACACUGGCUUUACUCAAAGCCAGCGGAAUGUCAUUAGUAAAGAUUGAAAUAAGUAAGGGGCCUAGACAGCUGCCCUGGGGAAUUCCUGAUUCUACCUGGAUUAUGUUGGAGAGGCUUCCAUUAAAGAACACCCUCUGUGUUCUGUUAGACAGGUAACUCGUUAUCCACAAUAUAGCAGGGGGUGUAAAGCCAUAACACAUACGUGUUUCCAGCAGCAGACUAUGAUCGAUAAUGUCAAAAGCCGCACUGACAUCUAACAAAACAGUCCCCACAAACAUUUUAUCAUCAAUUUCUCCCAGCCAAUCAUCAGUCAUUUGUGUAAGUGCUGUGCUUGUUGAAGGUCCUUCCCUAUAAGCUUGCUGAAAGUUUGUCAGUUUGUUUACUUUAAAAUAGCAUUGUAUCUGGUCAAACACAAUAUUUUCUGAAAGUUUACUAAGGGUUGGUAACAGGCUGAUUGGUCAGCUAUUUGAGCCAUUAAAGGUGGCUUUACUAUUCUUAGUUAGCGGAAUGACUUUUGUUUCCCUCCAGGCCUGAGGGGGCACACUUUCUGGUAGGCUUAAAUUGAAGAUAUGGCAAAUAGGAGUGGCAAUAUCGUCCGCUAUUAUCCUCAGUAAUUUUCCAUCCAAGUUGUCAGACUCCGGUGGCUUGUCAUUGUUAAUAGACAACAAUACUUUUUUCACCUCUUCCACACUCACUUUACAGAAUUCAAAAUUACAAUGGUGUCUUUCAUAUUUUGAUCAGAUUUUUGUUGCAUUACAAAAUGUAACUUAAAUUGAUUUUUAUUUGGAUUUCAUGUAAUGGACAUACACAAAAUAGUCCAAAUUGUUGAAGUGAAAUGAAAAAGAUAACUUGUUUCAAAAAAUUAUAAAAAAUUAAUAAAAGUGGUGUGUGCAUAUGUAUUCACCCCCUUUGCUCUGAAGCCCCUAAAUAAGAUCUGGUGCAACCAAUUACCUUCAGAAGUCACAUCAUUAGUUAAAUAAAGUCCACCUGUGUGCAAUCUAAGUGUCACAUGAUCUCAGUAUAUAUAUAUAUAUAUAUAUAUAUAUAUAUAUACUCCUGUUCUGAAAGGCCCCAGAGUCUGCAACACCACUAAGCAAGGGGCACCACCAAGCAAGCAGCACCAUGAAGACCAAGGAGCUCUUCAAACAGGUCAGGGACAAAGUUGUGGAGAAGUACAGAUCAGGGUUGGGUUAUAAAAAAAUAUCUGCAACUUUGAACAUCCCACGGAGCACCAUUAAAUCCAUUAUUUAAAAAAAAUAGAAAGAAUAUGGCACCACAACAAACCUGCCAAGAGAGGGCCGCCCACCAAAACUCACAGACCAGGCAAGGAGGGCAUUAAUCAGAGGCAACAAAGAGACCAAAGAUAACCAUGAAGGAGCUGCAACUUUCCACAGCGGAGAUUGGAGGUUCUGUCCAUAGGACAACUUUAAGCCGUACACUCCACAGAGCUGGGCUUUACGGAAGAGUGGCCAGAAAAAAGCCAUUGCUUAAAGAAAAAAUAAGCAAACACGUUUGGUGUUCGCCAAAAGGAAUGUGGGAGACUCCCCAAACAUAUGGAAGAAGGUACUCUGGUCAGAUGAGACUAAAAUUGAGCUUUUUGGCCAUCAAGGAAAACGCUAUGUCUGUCGCAAACCCAACACCUCUCAUCACCCUGAGAACAGCAGGGACUGGGAAACGGGUCAGAAUUGAAGGAAUGAUGGAUGGCGCUAAAUACAGGGAAAUCCUUGAGGGAAACCUGUUUCAGUCUUCCAGAGAUUUGAGUUAAAUGUCUUAGAAUGGGGAAACAUUUAAAUGUUUUGGAAUGGCCUAGUCAAAGCCCAGACCUUAAUCCAAUCUGUGGUAUGACUUAAAGAUUGCUGUACACCAGCGGAACCCAUCCAACUUGAAGGAGCUGGAGCAGUUUUGCCUUGAAGAAUGGAAGUUUUCUUUUUUUGGGUCUUAUUUCUGUUUUGUUUCAAAAUAAAAAAUAUUUUGCAUCUUCAAAGUGGUAGGCAUGUUGUGUAAAUCAAGUGAUACAACCCCCCCCCAAAAAAAUCUAUUUUAAUUCCAGGUUGUAAGGCAACAAAAUAGGAAAAAUGCUAAGGGGGGUACAUACUUUCGCAACCCACUGUACUUGGAUGUAUAGUGUCAGUGUUUGUUGCUGGCAUGUCCUGCCAAAUUGGCUAAUCUUGCCAAUGAAAAAGUAUUAAAGUAAUUGGCAAUAUCAGUGGGUUUUGUUCUGAAUGAGCCAUCUGAUUCAAUGGAUGAUGGAGCUGAGUUUGCCUUUUUGCGCAAAACUUCAUAUAAGGGGCUCCAAAGCUUUUUACUAUCAUUCUUUGUUAUUUCAUAGUGCAGUUUUUUUAUUCUUUUUAUUCAGUUUUGUCACAUUAUUUCUCAAUUUACAGUACAUUUGCCAAUCGGUUGUGCAGCCAGACUUAUUUGCCAUUCCUUGUUAGAUCAGUGGCAAAUAUAUUUGUACAAAAUUGUGGCACAUGAGACGCUUGACUGACCAUGUGAGCCUGUGAGUACUGAUCCAUUGGAGGCUGUCUGGUGGAUGAUCCUUGUGAGCCUGUCUGACUGGACUGAUCCAUUGUGGAGCGCUGAGUGGACUGAUCAUUGUGGAGGCCGUCUGAUGGACUGAUCCAUUGUGGAGGCCUGUCUGAUGGACUGAUCAGUGGCUAAUGGACUGAUCCAUUGGGAGCCUGUUGAGGAUGAUCCUGGGCGUCUGAGUGGACUGAUCCAUUGUGGAGGCCUGUCUGAGUGGACUGUCGAGUGGACGAUCAUUUGGAGGCCUUCUAGUGACGAUUGUGGAGGCCUGUCUAGUGACUGAUCCAUUGUGAGACCUGUCAUGACUGACCAUUGUGGAGCUGCUGAGUGGACGAUCAUGUGGAGGCUGUCUAGUGAUCCAUGUGGAGGCUGCUGAUGGACAUCCAUUGGGAGCUUCCUGAUCAGGGAGCUGUCUGGGCGAACAUUGUGGAGGCUGUUGAGUGGACUGAUCAUUGGAUCCGCAGGAUGGCACACCGACAUUUACGUAAUUACCAUCAUUUAUCAUCUACAAUGUUUGUUUGGUCACGGUAAUUUCUGUUAAUGCAUUCAAUAUAUUAUUUACAUUUACAUUACAUUUACGUCAUUUAGCAGACGCUCUUAUCCAGAGCGACUUACAAAUAGGUGCAUUCACCUUAUAGCCAGUGGGAUAACCACUUUACAAAGUUUUUUUUUUUUUUGGGGGGGGGUAGAAGGAUUACUUUAUCCUAUCCCAGGUAUUCCUUAAAGAGGUGGGGUUUCAAAUGUCUCCGGAAGGUGGUGAGUGACUCCGCUGUCCUGGCGUCGUGAGCGAGCUUGUUCCACCAUUGGGGUGCCAGAGCAGCGAACAGUUUUGACUGGGCUGAGCGGGAACUAUGCUUCCGCAGAGGUAGGGGAGCCAGCAGGCCAGAGGUGGUUGAACGCAGUGCCCUCGUUUGGGUGUAGGGUCUGAUCAGAGCCUGAAGGUACGGAGGUGCCGUACCCCUCACAGCUCCGUAGGCAAGCACCAUGGUCUUGUAGCAGAUGCGAGCUUCAACUGGAAGCCAGUGGAGUGUGCGGAGGAGCGGGGUGACGUGAGAGAACUUGGGAAGGUUGAACACCAGACGGGCUGCGGCAUUCUGGAUGAGUUGUAGGGGUUUAAUGGCACAGGCAGGGAGCCCAGCCAACAGCGAGUUGAAGUAAUCCAGACGGGAGAUGACAAGUGCCUGGAUUAGGACCUGUGCCGCUUCCUGUGUAAGGCAGGGUCGUAGGGUUCCUACGUAGGGUUCCUGUGGCAAAGAGCUUCCUAGGGUUAGAGGCGGAUGCUUGGAAUUUAGAGUGGUAGAAAGUGGCCUUAGCAGCAGAAACAGAUGAAGAAAAUGUAGAGAGGAGGGAGUGAAAAGAUGCCAGGUCCGCAGGGAGUCUAGUUUUCUUCCAUUUCCGCUCAGCUGCCCAGAGCUCUGUUCUGUGAGCUCGCAAUGAGUCAUCAAGCCACAGAGCUGGAGGGGAGGACCGAGCCGGCCGGGAGGAUAGGGGACAUAGAGAGUCAAAGGAUGCAGAAAGGGAGGAGAGGAGGGUUGAGGAGGCAGAAUCAGGAGAUUGGAGGGAGAAGGAUUGAGCAGAGGGAAGAGAUGAUAGGAUGGAAGAGGAGAGAGUAGCGGGAGAGAGAGAGCGACGGUUGCGACGGCGCAUUACCAUCUGUGUAGGGGCAGAGUGAGUAGUGUUGGAGGAGAGGGAGAGAGAAAAGGAUACAAAGUAGUGGUCGGAGACUUGGAGGGGAGUUGCAGUGAGAUUAGUAGAAGAACAGCAUCUAGUAAAGAUGAGGUCAAGCGUAUUGCCUGCCUUGUGAGUAGGGGGGGACGGUGAGAGGGUGAGGUCAAAAGAGGAGAGGAGUGGAAAGAAGGAGGCAGAGAGAAAUGAGUCAAAUGUAGACGUAGGGAGGUUGAAAUCCCCCAGAACUGUGAGGGGUGAGCCAUCCUCAGGAAAGGAACUUAUCAAGGCGUCAAGCUCAUUGAUGAACUCUCCAAGGGAACCUGGAGGGCGAUAGAUGACAAGGAUAUUAAGCUUAAAUGGGCUAGUGACUGUGACAGCAUGGAAUUCAAAUGAGGAGAUAGACAGAUGGGUCAGGGGAAAAAUUGAGAAUGUCCACUUGGGAGAGAUGAGGAUUCCUGUGCCACCACCCCGCUGACCAGAUGCUCUCGGGGUAUGCGAGAACACAUGGUCAGACGAGGAGAGAGCAGCAGGAGUAGCAGUGUUUUCAGUGGUAAUCCAUGUUUCCGUCAGCGCCAAGAAGUCGAGGGACUGGUAGCAUAGGCUGAGAUGAAGUCUGCCUUGUUGGCAGCAGAACGGCAGUUCCAGAGGCUGCCUGAGACCUGGAACUCCACGUGGGUCGUGCGUGCAGGGACCACCAGGUUAGAGAGGCAGCAGCCACGCGGUGUGAGGCGUUUCCAGUCUGACCGUUGUCAUUGUAGGACACGUUGUUUGCACAGUCACAACCUAUACUAAACUUGUGAGAAUCUUUUGGGGUUUAUUUAUUUCAUUCCAUUUAUGAGUUGUCUAUUUAUUUAUUGUCUUUUGUUUGGAGCGCUCCUGUCAAUCUUGAGUAAGGACACGUACCUGAUUACGCAUAUAGAAGUAGGACUAGUCUACCUGGCCUGAGCGCAAAUGUAGGCCUAUAAAUGUCCCCAUUUGGGGAUCUGAUACUAUUUCUGAAUGUCUUAACUUAACAUCACUGAGCAUCUCAAAUAAAUGUUUUCUUCGCCUCAAACUGCAAGUAAAUUAAGUUUGUUUCUACAUCCAUUGAGAAUGACAAUAGUUACUCAACGUAAUCUUUCCAGCAAUCUCCAUUUCGAUUACCACUCAGCAUGAAAGGGGAAAGAAAUGUCAUGCUCUGAUCUGGUGGAAACGUCAUAAAAUAGUCCUACCUGAUUACUACUUAUCCCUUGUGCAAAUAGCCUCCAGCUGUGUCUGUCCCAUAAAUAGCCUCCAGCUGUGUCUGUCCCAUAAAUAGCCUCCAGCUGUGUCUGUCCCAUAAAUAGCCUCCAGCUGUGUCUGUCCCAUAAAUAGCCUCCAGCUGUGUCUGUCCCAUAAAUAGCCUCCUGCUGUGUCUGUCCCAUAAAUAGCCUCCAGCUGUGUCUGUCCCAUAAAUAGCCUCCAGCUGUGUCUGUCCCAUAAAUAGCCUCCAGCUGUGUCUGUCCCAUAAAUAGCCUCCAGCUGUGUCUGUCCCAUAAAUAGCCUCCAGCUGUGUCUGUCCCAUAAAUAGCCUCCAGCUGUGUCUGUCCCAUAAAUAGCCUCCAGCUGUGUCUGUCCCAUAAAUAGCCUCCAGCUGUGUCUGUCCCAUAAAUAGCCUCCUGCUGUGUCUGUCCCAUAAAUAGCCUCCAGCUGUGUCUGUCCCAUAAAUAGCCUCCAGCUGUGUCUGUCCCAUAAAUAGCCUCCUGCUGUGUCUGUCCCAUAAAUAGCCUCCAGCUGUGUCUGUCCCAUAAAUAGCCUCCAGCUGUGUCUGUCCCAUAAAUAGCCUCCAGCUGUGUCUGUCCCAUAAAUAGCCUCCAGCUGUGUCUGUCCCAUAAAUAGCCUCCAGCUGUGUCUGUCCCAUAAAUAGCCUCCAGCUGUGUCUGUCCCAUAAAUAGCCUCCAGCUGUGUCUGUCCCAUAAAUAGCCUCCAGCUGUGUCUGUCCCAUAAAUAGCCUCCUGCUGUGUCUGUCCCAUAAAUAGCCUCCUGCUGUGUCUGUCCCGAGCUCACUGGCAGGGAACUGAGGGCCCAGAAUAUUUGAUACAAUGUUGCAAGUUUUUUUGUUGUUGUUGAGGACAGCCCUAGAUCCAAGACACUGAGACAUUGGUGUUAGAUCAAUACACUGAGACAAUGGUGUUAGAUCAAUACACUGAGACAGUACACUGAAACAUUGGUGUUAGAUCAAUACACUGAAACAUUGGUGUUAGAUCAAUACACUGAGACAUUGGUGUUAGAUCAAGACACUGAGACAAUGGUGUUAGAUCAGUACACUGAAACAUUGGUGUUAGAUCAAUACACUGAAACAUUGGUGUUAGAUCAAUACACUGAAACAUUGGUGUUAGAUCAAUACACUGAGACAUUGGUGUUAGAUCCGAGGCGUGAGUAUUAGAACCAACAAAUUUUUUAUGCACCAGGAAAUAUGUACUCCUGAGUGGCGCAGUGGUCUAAGGCACUGCAUAGCAGUGCUAACUGUGCCACUAGAGAUCCUGGUUCGAAUCCAGACUCAUGGGCGGCGCAUAAUUGGCCCAGCGUCGUCCAGGGUAGGGGAGGGAAUGGCCGGCAGGGAUGUAGCUCAGUUGAUAGAGCAUGGCGUUUGCAACGCCAGGGUUGUGGGUUCGAUUCCCACGGGGGGCCAGUAUAAAAAAGUAUGUAUUCACUAACUGUAAGUCGCUCUGGAUAAGAGCGUCUGCUAAAUGACUAAAAUGUAAUUUUUUUUUAAUGUAAUGUAUAUCCAACUGUUAUUUUCUAACAGGUAAUAAACACACUCUUAUCUCUCUGUUGAUGAGCAGGUCUGCAGUCGAUCCCCCCCCAUGGAGGGAAGUUGGAGAUAGCCGGAAUGGUGGUGGGGCAGUGGGCCGGGAACAAACCACUGCGUGGCAGAGGGGGGUUCAACAUGCAGGUGGUGUCGGUCGGGGCAGGGAGAGGGUAAGACACUGCUGCUCUUUAAAUUAAACUGUCUCUAUACUUACUUGAGUCUAUAAUAUACAUUUUUACUGAUUGCUCUCUCUCUCUCUCUCUCUCCUCCCCCCCCCCCCCCCCCCCCCCCCCCCCCCCAGAAGGGGUAAGGACAUCCCAGUGAAAGGAGGGCGAGGAGGUAAAAAGGUAACUGCCAACAGAAUAAAGGUCUGACAUCACAAUAAGGUCAAGCCAUAGAAUAAGCGGUGUCGUCACACUAAAUGUAAAGACACCAGUUAGAUGUAGCUUUAAAUAAGCAUUAAGUUUUCUCUCUCUCUCCUUCCCUCCAGACCUCACCCCCCCCCUCCACCAGCCCCCCCAAGUCCUCUGAGGGGGAGGGGCUUAACUCUGGGGGUGUGGCCCAGAAGCUGAACGGCAGCCCUGCAGCCUCUGCUAUUGGCCAGCCUCUGGAUUUGCCCCCACUGGCCCAGCCAACCCCGUGUGCCUUAGCCAGCAAAGACAACCAAUCAGAGGAGGCCCCUUGUUGCCUUGACGGCUGUCCGUCAGACGGAAUGUAAUGAAGGAGUUGUGACUAGGCUUUCCCAGGAUGCAACAGGGUGUUCUGAAAGUGCCGUCUGUGUUCCACUGCCUUCCCCUGUCUUUCUGUUAGCCCCGCCCACCAACACACCAACCAGGAAGUCAGAGAGGGGGAGGUGCUCUCCUCCAUCAGUCGAUUUGGUUGGUUGAUGGAUGUGUUCCGCUAGCCUUUCCCCCCCCCUCUCUGCUUCUCCGUGUGAUUGGUUUGGCAGAGCAGUAAGCCCCACCCCUUAAUUUUGUCAUGUGGUUUUAUUUUAACGAUGAGAGGUUUUUCUCCAUGAGUCCAUUUGUCUGUAAGCCCCGUCUCCACCCCAUAACCCCUGACCCCUAAAGCCCCGCCCCCAUGGCCCAUCGCUAUUGUAGCACCAGCACACUCUCUCAUAAUGUUCUAAUGAUCCCUCCCUAGUGUUAGUAUUGAUAGUGAAUCUACACUCCCCUACCAGGGUCCGCACGGUUAGACCUCUACUACGGUGUUUAGUAGUUGUAGUGUGUUUGACACUCCACACACACUAACGUUGACACUAAACUCACACUGUUGGCUAGUCUGUUAGUUCCGGUGCCUGGGUUAUUA